AUGGCUGGCGCUUGGCUUCCCCUGGUCUGGGCGGGUGUCUUGGUGUGGGGACUAGGAGUGAUGGUGGCGGUGGGACAAGAUGUCAACGCUGACACACCGGAUAGCUUGUCAGAGGCUGCUGGUGAGGAGCGGGUCCCGCUCCCUGACGCUGCCAAGUACUGCAUCAUUGGUGCCGGACCGGCCGGUCUUCAGCUGGGCUACUACAUGCAAAAGGCCAACCGCGACUACGUCAUUCUCGACCGUGCCCCGCGCCCAGGGAGCUUCUUUGAGCAUCACCCGAUCCACCGCAAGCUCAUCUCGAUCAACAAGCGCUACACGGGCAAGACCAACCGUGACUACAAUCUACGCCAUGACUGGAACUCGCUGCUAACCGAUGACGAGGCCAUGCCCAUGUUCACCAACUACACACCCGACUUUUGGCCCUCAGCCGAUGUUUAUACGCAGUACUUGCGGGACUUUGCCUUGACCUACAAUCUCAACAUCGCCUAUAACACCAACGUCGAUGCCAUUGUUCCACUCAGUGAUGUGACAUGUCACGAGGAUAGCUGCGACGCCCGCCGAGCACACUACGCUCUGCUUACCACGGACAAUCCUCCGCUGCACUGCGAGGUCGUCGUCAUGGCCACAGGCAUGUAUCAACCCUAUGUCCCCGAUGGUGUCAAUGCCACAGAUUACACCCCUUGCGGUGAAGCAUCGAUUGACCCGGAACACUAUGCGGGAAAAAACGUCAUGAUUCUUGGCAAGGGCAAUUCCGCCCUCGAGGUUGGCACCACAGCCUCUGAGCGCGCCAACUACGUCCACUUUCUCUCUCGUACUCGUAUCCGGCUGGCUUGGCAAACGCACUACGUUGGUGACAUUCGUGCCGUCAACGGCCUGCUGCUCGACAUGUACCAACUCAAGUCCCAGGAUGGCUUUAUGGAGGCCGACGCCCGCCGCACAAAACUUCAAAAGUGUGAUGACGGCAAAUUCCGUCAGUUCCGCAAUGGCGUGCCCCUCUAUGGCAAAGGUGCCAUACGCCACCCCUACGAUGAGGUGAUCAACUGCAUGGGGUAUCGCUUUGAUGCCGAUCCUCUGAUCGCCGGUGGCAUUCAGCCCAACUUCACCACGACAGCUCGCAAGUAUCUCUCCCUUGAUGACUGGUACCAGGCUGAUACUGCCAAACAUCUUUAUGUUGCUGGCACGGCCGCGCACAGUCGUGAUUAUCGCAAGUCCUCGGGUGGCUUUAUCCAUGGUUUCCGCUAUCUGACGCGAACCCUGUACCAUCUUCUGAUGGAGCGGUAUGAAGCCACACCGCUCCCGUACACUGAAAUGCACUACUGUGAUGUGAUGGACAAGAUUGUGGAUCGCAUCAACCACGCAUCUAGCAUAUACCAGAUGUUCCAUGUUUUGGGCGAUGUUAUCGUGAUUGAUCCUGAGACAUGGAUGCUCCAGUACUAUGAGGAUAUGCCGGUUUCACAAGUCGCCACGCGGUUUGCCGACAAGUUUACCCUUACGGUCACACUCGAGUACAAGGAAGACUUUAGUUGUCCUGGUUGCGACACGGUUCGCAAGGGCCGUGCGACGGGCGGAUUCGAGAAUGCGCACAAAAGCAACUUUUUGCACCCUGUGAUUCGGCUGAACCGACCCGGGUUUCACUACGCCAAAAAGUUGCGCGAGUUCCACUUGGUGGAGGACUUUUGGACCGAGUUCAACACGAUGCGCAACCACCUUCACCCCCUGGCCACGCACUUGGGCCGACUAGUACCCAUGGCCAUCCGCGAGUGCACGACAUGGAAAGAGGCAUUGGAAUACAAGCCCAAGGGCCGGUCCAAGACUGGAGGCGUUUCCGGCAUUCGUGCGCUCGAACAGCUCAUUGAUCCUUCCGAGGGCAGCAACUCAAAGAAGAAAGCAAUCGUGGAUGAGACGCUGCUUGUGGACGAGGAGGAGUAG